AUGGAACACACCUGCGGCGCUUGCUUAUCGCAAGUUGACGUUAGAGAAGAGCAAAUAAUUCAAUGCACUCGUUGCGUCCUAAUUUAUCACCCAUUAUGUUUGAAUAUAAAUGACCUAGAAUUUGAUAAACUUGAGCAAGAUUAUUUAAAUUCGUGGGAAUGUCCAAACUGUACCAGCAGAGUGCCAAAAAAUCUCAUCGGCAAAUGUAGAUCGCCUGCCAAGCAGCCCUGCUACCUCCCGCCCGUCCAAAAGAAAGGCACUACUGUCACCGAUGUCGGGUUCCGGGAACGACACUCUCACUAA